UGAAAAUACUGUGAAGAAAGGGUUGCAGCGGAGAAAAAAAAAAGAUAAGAAAAUCGGAGGAUCUAGGGUUUCCUGGGUCGCUCUCGCUUCCCCCCCUCCGCCUCUCUGCUUUGUAUGUAUCGUUUAUGGAUGAAUGAACAUACAUUUGAAUCGAUUAUCGAUUGCUUCAAAAUCGGACAAAUUUAAGGUUUAUACUGAGGUCAAUUUGUUUGUGUAUGUUUGUUUGCUAUUCGAUUGAUUAUAGCCGGAGACCGACCUUGAUAAUAAAUCGAUAUUCGGCGAUUGAUUUUAGAUUUUUAUCGUUUGAGAAUCACCAAUCAAUCGAAUCGAAUUAGUUGAAUUUGUUAAAUAUGCGAAGACUGCUGAAUCCAAAACGGGUUACUUGGGCUUCAGAUGUAAAUCUUUGUCAGGUAAGGCUUUUCUUAUCUGAAGAAUCUCCUUCGCAAGUUGGACUGGGAGCUCAGGAUCACCUCCAAGCAAAAUCAUCAUGGACGUCGCAAACAAGUGGUGUUACAUCUGAUGAUAAUUUACCUCCAGGUUUCGAAGGAGCCCAGGCUUCAAACCUUUGGAGAACUAAGUUAGCUCAAAUUCCUCUCGUCAAAUGGGAACUUCCUACAAGAUUCAUAUUGGAACCGAAUUGGCGAGUAGUUGCUGGCGAGGAGAGCCAAGAGGUGGAAGUUCAAAAACAACGGGAGAUGAGAGUGCUUGAAGCAAUUUAUCCUCGCCCAUCUGCUAUUCCCCUAAACCCUUCGGUACCAGCAGAAAACUUUGUUCACAAUGAUCAACAGACUCCUCUGAUUCCGAUCACUCCUAUCGAAGAGGAGGAUGGCGGUGAUACGUCACAAGAUGCCGUGGCUCCAAAUGCCAAUCUAAUGGAGGCGGGAGCUGCCUCGUCCCAUGGUCCGAGUAAUAAUCUUCCGGUGAAUGGAAUUACAGCUACCGGAGCUGCACCUAGCUUGGAACCGGAUGUUCUAGCGGUAGCACAAGCGGCCUUGAGUGCGAUAAUGGCGAAUGACCAGGGAAAUCUGAUUGACCGCGAAUUGCUCAUGAAAAUCCUGGGUGACCCGCAAAUUAUCGGGCAAUUGGUUAGGCAUCAUGGAGGAGGAGGAGGAGGAGGAGGAGGAGGAGGCGGAACCUUGCAGAGCAUGCCAGCUGCCGCCACAACACAAGCUCGGCCCGCCACUAGCGUACCGAGCAUGCCAGCCAUGGGUGUACAUAAUAUGCCUGCCACCGCCAUGCAAAACAUGCCGAAUAUGAGGCCACCGGGGUUCGGCUUCUCAACUCCAACGCCACCUCCCAUCAAUAGAGUAGAUCCAUCCUCGGCUCAUGGCAAUAGACCCGACCUCGUCCCCCCUUCUAUCCCAGGUACCUCUACCGCACCUUUCAACCCUCCUCCCGGCAGGAUAGGAUCCAUCCCCAACAUGCGGCCUCCUAUGCCCGACGUCCUCUCGACCUCAACUUCAUCCGUGAGAGCCCCGCUACAAGUCACACCAUCAACCUCAUCAUCUUCUGGCGCCCCCGCAAAGGACAUAAACUAUUACAAAAGCCUCAUUCAGCAACACGGGGGAGAAAGACAAGACGCUCCCCUGCCACCACCAUUCAGCAACCGGAGCAAUCACCAUAUCGAUUCAGUUCAAGAACAGCCAAUCAAUUCCAGAUCACGAGAUUCAAAACCCAAGAUCAUGAAGCCUUGCAUCUAUUUUAACAGCUCGAGGGGAUGCCGACACGGCGUGAACUGCGCAUACUUGCACGACGGGGCCCCAUCGCAGCAGCGGGUCGCGAACAUGCCGGAAGUGCAGAAUGCAAAGAGAAUGAAAAUGGAUAGGGAGAUUACUGGGACAUAGUUGUGGCUGUUAGCAUUUCCCCUCCUCCAUGUACAUUUUUGUCUGCGGCCAUUGCAGCCCUGCAAUGUUUUUGUUCCUUGGUUCUUUUCCCUUUCUUCUUCUUCUUCUUCAGUGAAAAGAGUCAUUUUUAUUUAUUUUUAGUUAAAUGUUUACUAGCUUUGCGAGCUUUUCUUAUAUUCGCUAAUAUUUUGCGAGGUGAUAGACCUUGGAUUCAUUUCUUCUUUUAUUUAUUUUUGGUUAAAAGUAUUAUUCUAAAUUGUUAUAUUGACAUUUCUUUCUA